AUGAGCUGGCUGAGCAGGUUGACGCCGCGCACCCCCGCUGCCCGCCCGGGUCGCGGCAGUGCCGCCCCCCAGGAAUCGCCCUCCUGCACCGCAGACCCCGAAACCUGCCUCAUGGUCUUUGAGAACCACUGGAGACAAGUUCGCCACGUGCUGGAGCGGAACGAGCCGUCGCGCUCCACCGACGACCUGAUCGCCGUGAGCAACCACGCCGACCAGAUGUUCUGCCUGCUGGCCGAGGAGCGGCCGCCCGCGAGCCAGGGCGAGGAGGACGCCGGCGACGGGCCCAUCCUGCAGCUGGUGGUCCGCGAGCAGGUGCUGGAGCACCUUCUGCUCUGGCACCUGCGACGCGGGCCCGACCCCGACAGCCUGGGGGGGCUGCUCAAGCUCUUCGAGAUGCUGAUCGGCCAAUCGCGGCAGGCCUUGCUGCGCCGCCCCGCCGUCCUGCACCCGCUGCUUAGGCUGGUGGGGGCGUGCGCCCACCCGGAGCGAGGCUGCCCACCCGCGCUGGAGAACAGCCUGGUGCUUCUUCUCAAUCAGGUGUGCGUGCGCACGGCCCGUCAGCCGCUGCUGCUGGAGACCUUGUUCCGGGCGGCUCCGGCGCAACAGGGUUCCACCAACCUGCUGAUCUUCUCGCUGCUGGUCCCCUUCAUCCACCGGGAGGGCGCCGUGGGGCAACAAGCCCGCGACGCCCUGCUGCUGGUCAUGGCCGCCUCCGCCGGCAACCGCGGCGUGGCGCGCUACAUCGCUCACAAUUCCUACUUCUGCCCGGUGCUGGCGACGGGUCUGAGCGCGCUCUACUCGUCGCUGCCCCGCAAGAUGGAGGUCCGCGGGGACGACUGGCACGCUCUGCGACGCGAGGACUGGAUGGGCGAAUCGUCGCUGGUGGUCUUCAUGAACUCGCUGGAGUUCUGCAACGCCGUGGUGCAGGUGGCCCACCCCGUGGUGCGCUCGCAGCUACUCGACUACCUGCACAACGGCUUCCUGGUCCCCGUGGUGGCGCCCGCCCUCUAUAAGUCGUCAGUGGACGAGAUGAUCGCCAGCACGGCCUACCUGGACCUGUUCCUGCGCAGCGUGAGCGAGACGGCGCUGCUCAAGACAUUCCUGCGCUUUAUCCUGCUGCAUCGCCUGGACAACGACUCCAUCCUGGACACGCUGCUCACGCGCAUCAGCAGCAACUCCAGGCUCUGCAUGGUGUCCCUAAGCCUCUUCCGGACUCUCCUGUCCUUCAACUGCGAGGACAUCAUGCUGCAGCUCGUCCUCAGGUACCUGCUGCCGUGCAGCCACGUCAUGCUGAGUCAGCGGCGCGCCAUCAGGGAGGCCGACACUUACGGGAAAUGCGCCCGCAAGUUCCUGUCCCUCAUCCCCGAGUGCUGCCGUGCCUCCGCGCCGCCGCGGGACGAGGAGACUGCCUUCAGGAGCAAAGCGACCCACAACGCGAGCGCCGACUCCACGCAGUCCAGACCCGGCACGCCGUCCCGCUUGGCGUUCUUCAUCCGCCAGCAGAGCGCCGGCGUCGGGGCUCCCUCUUCCCCCGCCGGCUCGGAGUCCGGCGAGUCGCUCUCCCCCGACAGCCCCGCUCGCCAGCCGCAGCCCGAAAUCCUGGCCUGGGAUUCGGGCUACCUGGACUACCUGAGGGACGCCCGGCGAGGCAUCGAGCUUUGCUCCUGGGCCUGUCGGGACUGGUCGGCGCCUUACGACGGCGAGGACCCCUCACCGGGCGCCGCCCCGCCUCCCCCUCCCGCGCGGCCCGAGCGCUCGGGCGGCCCGCAGAGGGCGGCGGCGGCGAGGACCGAGUGGAGCGGCUCGGAGCACGACAGCGGCGAGUGGGACGUCACCAUCGGACAAAACAACUGCAUCAGCCUGACGCCGCGCUCCAAGAAACGCGGCCUUCAGCGAGAAGAACUCUUCCCCAAAUCCGUCCCGCCGCAACUCUGCUCCGACCCUUUACCGACGAGCUCGCCGACCGACCCCGCCUCCCCGCCGGCCUUGCGCAACGGUACGGCGGGACCGGGUCAGGACAGAGAGCUGGAAGCCAAGAAAGCGAAGCGAGAACGGGACCACCGGGAGUUCUUGGACGAGAACUCAAAUCGGAACGGAAGCCCUAAAGACGCCGACGGAGCCACGCCGGCGCCCGUCGACGGCACGGUGGAGAGUCUGAUUCGGGAGCUUUUGGAGCAAUCUCCCGGCGACGCGCGGGACGACGGCGCGGAGGAACGCGGAACUCCGCCUUCGGACGAGGACGCGGAGGAGAAAAUGUCCGCCGAGGCCAAAGGGAAAGGAUCCGAAAUGGCCGUCUACAGUCCUGCCAAACCUCUCGUUCAGGGCUCGUGCCAGCCGUACACGGGCCCCCUGCUGGCGGUGCUGUUGGCCAAGUUGGAGAACAUGCCGCACAACUCGCUGUACGUCAACAUCCUUCUGACGGGCACGGUGGCGCGACUGGCGUGCUACCCUCAGCCGCUACUGCGCUCCUUCCUUCUCAACACCAAUAUGGUCUUCCAGCCCAGCGUCAAGUCUCUCAUCCAGGUCCUGGGCUCGGUGAAGAAUCGUAUCGAGGCCUUCGCCGCCUCCCACGAGGACUUUCCCGCCAUGCUGAGGAAAGCCCAGCAGUACCUGGUGGCGCGCGGGAAGCUGGAUUGGAGCGAAGGGCCCGGGGCCGUGCCGCCCCUCCGCCGCUCGGACUCGCUAGUCAAGAGUCGCAAGUCGUCCCUCAGCGACCUGCUCCUCCGCCACGCCAACAGCCCCGCCCGGACCCGCAGCGCCGCCCAAAUGGCCUUGGCCCACGUGCGGGUGGGCGGUCAGACGCUACACAGCGCCCUGUUCCGCGGCGGCGCGUCCAGUUUGGAGAAGCAGGCCGAGGCGCUACGCGUGAAAAACGCCGUCUACUGCGCCGUCAUCUUUUGCGAGUUUCUCAAAGAGCUGGCCGCCCUGGCUCAGGAGCACGCCGUGGCGCUACCCUUCGCUUGCGCGGACGCUGAAGAGUAG